AUGACCAACGAUGAAAAGAGCAGCAAGGGUGAGGAGGCAGACCCGAUCUUGCUCUCGCUGUUCGCGGCACGCUUCAUGAGCGUGGCCGAAGCGAUGGGCCGGUCGCUCCAGCACACAUCCAUCUCAACGAAUAUCAAGGAGCGCCUCGACUUUUCAUGCGCCCUCUUCAGCCCCGACGGCUCUCUCGUCGCCAAUGCGCCCCACCUGCCUGUCCACUUGGGCAGCAUGUCUUUCGCUGUGCGCUACCAGAUUGCGCGGCUCUCUGGCGAGGCUCAGGAGCCCGACGACGACGAGCAGGACCGCGGCAUCAAUCAGGGCGACGUCAUCCUGGCCAACCACCCAAGCGCAGGAGGCAGCCACCUGCCGGACAUGACGUGCAUCACGCCCGUCUUUGACGAUGCAGGAAAGAACAUCAUCUUCUUUACAGCGAGCAGGGGCCAUCACGCAGACAUUGGAGGGAUCCUGCCAGGAAGCAUGCCGCCGACGUCCAAGGUCAUCUACGAAGAAGGGGCGCAGAUCAAGUCUUUCAAGCUCGUUCGAAGGGGUGUCUACGAUCGAAAAGGGCUCUUGCGGCACCUUUGCGAGGAGCCUGCCAAAUACCCCGGCUGCAGCGGGACAAGGUGCCUGAGAGAUGUUGAGUCGGACCUCCAGGCACAGGUCGCUGCCAAUCAGAAGGGUAUCAACCUCAUCCAUGGCCUCGUCGCCGAAUGGGGGCUCGAAACCGUCCAGGCUUACAUGGGCCACAUCCGCGCCAACGCUGAGCUAGCCGUUCGCAAUCUCCUCAAAGAGGUUGCCUCAAGGCAGGGGACCAACGAACUCUGGGCAAGGGAUUUCAUGGAUGAUGGCUCGCCCAUCGAGCUCCGGGUGACUAUCGACAAGGACAAGGGAUCAGCCGUCUUUGAUUUCGAAGGGACUGGACCGGAAGUGUACGGCAACCAUAACUGCCCAAAGUCGGUGGUCCACUCGGCCAUUAUCUACUGCCUCCGAGCGAUGGUGGACCUCGACAUUCCUCUGAACCAAGGCUGCCUCAACCCCAUCGAAGUGCGCAUUCCCAAAGGCUGCUUCUUGGACCCCAGCGACACCGCCGCCGUCGUCGGCGGCAAUGUCUUGACGAGCCAGCGCAUCACCGAUGUCGUCCUCAAAGCCUUCCAGGCCUGCGCGGCGAGCCAGGGUGACUGCAACAACCUGACCUUUGGCCUUGGAGGGACCGACGAAAAGGGAAAUCACAUAGAGGGCUUUGGUUACUAUGAGACCAUCGCUGGAGGUAGCGGCGCCGGCCCAAGCUGGCAAGGGACGAGUGGCGUCCACACCCACAUGACAAACACCCGCAUCACUGAUCCUGAAAUCAUGGAGCGGCGCUACCCUGUCGUCCUCCGCGAAUUCUCCCUUCGCGACGGCAGUGGCGGCAAGGGAAAGUACGACGGUGGUCGAGGCGUCGUGCGAGACAUUGAAUUCCUCUCAAAGGAGAUUCAGGUCUCGAUCCUCUCGGAGCGAAGGGUCUUUGCGCCGUAUGGCCUCAAUGGGGGCGGCGAUGGCCAGAGCGGGCUCAACAUCUGGGUGAAGAAGGACGAGUCGGGCGAAGCGGGGGCAGAGAGGAGGAUCAACCUGGGAGGCAAGACAACGGUCAAAUUCAAGAGGGGCGACCGGAUCAUUGUCAACACGCCAGGUGGCGGAGGGUGGGGCACGCCCGAGGGCGAUGCAAAGCAGCAAAAUGAUGCAGACAAGACGCACGUCCACAUCGACAGACGCCAAGGCUCUCUAGCCGAGCGCGAGGCAGCCUCACUCGGUGCUUGA